AGCAAUUUCAGCGCAAGCCCUGAUAAAUUUUGCCCCGCGCUCGAGCUGAUUCGAUAUCAUGCCAGCCAACUCGGAGAAGCCCCAUCUCUCCAUCGUGAUUUGCGGCCAUGUCGACAGCGGCAAGAGCACCACCACCGGACGUUUGAUCUUUGAGCUGGGUGGCCUGCCUGAACGUGAUUUGGAGAAGCUGAAGCAGGAGGCCGAUCGCUUGGGCAAGGGCUCCUUCGCUUUUGCUUUCUUCAUGGACAGGCAGAAGGAGGAGCGUGAGCGCGGUGUCACCAUUGCUUGCACCACCAAGGAGUUCUUCACAGAGAAGUGGCACUACACCAUCAUCGACGCGCCUGGCCAUCGUGACUUCAUCAAGAACAUGAUUACUGGAGCCUCCCAGGCAGAUGUUGCACUGAUCAUGGUGCCAGCUGAUGGUAACUUCACCACUGCCAUCGCAAAGGGCAACCACAAAGCAGGUGAGAUUCAAGGACAGACUCGUCAGCACUCUCGUCUCAUCAACUUGUUGGGCGUGAAGCAGAUUUGCAUCGGCGUGAACAAGAUGGACUGUGACACUGCAGGGUACAAGCAGGCCCGGUACGAUGAGAUCGCCAACGAGAUGAAGAGCAUGUUGGUGAAGGUGGGUUGGAAGAAGGACUUCAUCGAGAAGAGCACCCCGGUGAUGCCCAUCUCUGGCUGGAUGGGUGACAACUUGUUGAAGAAGUCUGAGAACAUGGGCUGGUGGAAGGGUCAGGACGUGGAGGUGGGCAGCGAGAUGAUCCACGUGGACACCGUCUAUGACGUCUUGGACAAGAUGUGCCGCGUGCCGGAGCGCCCCAUCAGCGCCCCCAUGCGAAUGCCCAUCAGUGGCAUCUACAAGAUCAAGGGCGUGGGUGAUGUGCUUGCUGGACGCGUCGAACAGGGUGUGGUGAAGCCUGGUGAGGAGGUGGUCUUCCUGCCCACUCACACGACUUCCAACCCUUGCACUGGAAAGGUCUUCACCGUCGAGAUGCACCACCAGCGCGUGGACUUCGCCAACCCCGGCGACAACGUGGGCCUGAACAUCAAGGGCCUGGACAAGAACAACAUGCCCCGAUCAGGUGAUGUGAUGGUGUACAAGAAAGACACCACCUUGGGUCAAACUAAGGAGUUUGAUGCCCAGAUCCAGGUCUUGGACAUCCCCAAUGAGAUCAAGGUGGGCUAUUCUCCCAUUGGCUUCGUGCGCUGUGGUCGUGCCGCCUGCCGCGUGUCUGCUCUGAAGUGGAAGAUGGGCAAGGAGACUGGUGGAAAGAAGAUGGAGGACCCCCACUCCCUGAAGUCCAACGAGAUGGCUCAGUGCAGCUUCCAGCCACAGCAGCCUUUGGUGUGCGACACCUUCAAGAACUGUGAGGGUCUCUCCCGCGUGGCGUUCAUGGAUGGCAACGGCGUGGUGAUGCUUGGCAAGGUGGUGAGCUGUGAGCGCAAGGGUGAGGGUGAUGACAAGGGUGGCAAGAAGAAGUGAGCUCUGAAUGAAGUUCAGGGUCUGUGACGAUGUAAGGAUGUGGGUCAGAAACAAGCUUCUCCAAAACACUGGCA